AUGUCUGCAGAACAAGUUUUGAAGUUGUUGGAUACCAACUGGUUUGAGACAUCAAUUCUCACCAACAACAUCAAAAAAACAUCUUCACCUUUACAUUCAACAACAUUACUAGAUUCAACCUCAAAGUCCCAUGUUGAAGAACUUCUUUUUCUAGACACAAAACUCCUUAAAAUUCCAACACUUCAAGUAAGGUCUUUUAGUGACAAAAACCUAGGUUCGAAAAUCGGUUCGUUCUCUGAUUCUCUUUCACCAAACUCCGUCCUCUUACCACAGAAACUGAAACCAAUUCUCUCAGGUAAAGAAGUGAAAGAAUUCACACUGGAAAAAGAAUCAACCGAUGCAAAAAAGGCGAGUCGUUGUCGUGGUACUCCUAGAACCCUACUCAGAAAAGGUAAAAAUACUAGUCGGAGUUUUUCAGAGCUUGAGUUUAAGGAGCUAAAAGGGUUUAUGGAUUUAGGAUUUAUAUUUUCCGAGGAAGAUAAUGAUUCAAGAUUGGUUUCGUUGAUACCUGGAUUGAGCAAAAAACAACACAAUGUUGAUGAUGAAAGUGUGAUUUGUAGACCUUAUUUGUCUGAGGCUUGGGAUCUUAUAAAGAAAAGGAAAGAUGUGAAUCCUUUGCUUAAUUGGAGAGUACCAACUCUUGGUAAUGAGAUUGAUAUGAAGGAUAAUCUCAAGUUUUGGGCUCACACAGUUGCAUCUACUGUAAGAUAA